AUGGAUCUCCUGGGAAUGCCCACUAUUUUCUUGCUGGUCUGUAUCUCAUGCCUUCUUCUCUUUACCACAUGGAGAAGCAUAUCACAAAAAGGGAAGCAGCCUCCUGGUCCCAUCACACUCCCCAUUGUUGGAAACAUACUCCAGCUGAACCCGCGGAACUUGCCUGAAAGCUUGAAGAAGCUCAGCAAGAAGUAUGGUCCUGUCUUCACAAUAUAUUUAGGCCCACAAAAGGUUGUAGUGCUGUAUGGCUAUGAUGUUGUGAAAGAAGCUCUGAUUGAUCAGGCAGAUGACUUCAGCGGAAGAGGCAAUCUACCACUGCUUAAAAAACUCUUCCGAGGCACAGGCAUUGUGACCAGCAAUGGGGAAACCUGGAAGCAGCUCCGACGAUUUGCGCUCACAACCCUGCGUGAUUUUGGGAUGGGGAAGAAGAGCAUAGAGGAGCGAAUCCAGGAGGAAGCUAAUUUUCUGGUGGACAGGAUCAGGAACACACAUGAGCAACCCGUUGACCCUGGCAUCUUCCUAGUCCAUGCUGUUUCCAACAUCAUCUGCUCCAUCAUCUUCGGAGAUCGGUUUGACUAUGAGGACAGGAAAUUUCUAAAUUUAAUUGAGUUGCUAGAUGAAAACAACAGGCUCCAGAACUCCAUACAAACACAGCUAUACAAUUUCUUCCCAACUAUCAUGGACUAUUUACCUGGGCCUCAUCAACAAAUGAUAAAAAAUAUUGAAAAAGUUGAGCAAUUCACUUCAGAAAUCAUAGCAGAACACCAGGCAGCUCUGGAUCCCACUUGUCCUCAAGACUUUAUUGAUGCUUUUCUAAACAAAAUGGAACAGGUAAUGUAAGAGUGAGAGAUUUACUGGAUUAUAAGAAAACCACUGUUUGAAUCCCAGCUUCUUUUCAGUUGUGGCGGGGCACUGGGCUUUUGCAAAUACACAGGAGAACUUGCUUUUCUUGGCACAUCACAAACAGAUGGGGGACUUGUCCAUUCAACACUUACUUAUUUCCUAACAGAGAAAAUUCAAAAGGAGAUUGACUGUGUGAUUGGCCGAGACCGAAGCCCCUGCAUGGCAGAUCGGAGCCAGAUGCCCUACACAGAUGCUGUGGUCCAUGAAAUCCAGAGAUUCAUUGAUUUCCUUCCACUUAAUGUCCCACAUUCUGUGAUCAAAGACACCAAGUUCAGAAACUAUUUUAUCCCAAAGGACACACUGAUAUUCCCUAUGCUGACUUCUGUCCUACAUGAUAGCAAGGAAUUUCCAAAUCCAGAAAAAUUUGACCCAGGACAUUUCCUGAAUGCAAAUGGUACCUUUAAAAAGAGUGACUACUUCAUGCCAUUUUCUGCAGGAAAACGCAUCUGUGCAGGAGAAGGUCUGGCCCGGAUGGAGAUAUUCAUAUUUUUAACAGCCAUCCUGCAGAAGUUCACGUUGAAACCUGUUGUGGAUCACAAGGACAUUGACAUUUCCCCAUUAGUCAGCAGUCUAGCAAAUCUGCCCCGACCUUAUGAGGUCUGUUUUCUUCCACGUUAG